AUGGUGGAGCCCGUUGGAUUCAUAGAGGCUUGGAAGGCGCAGUUCCCCGAUUCAGAACCCCCCAAGAUGGAGCUGCGGUCCAUCGGAGGUAUUGAGCAGGAGCUGGAGAAGUGCAAAGCGUCCAUCAGACGCCUGGAGCAGGAGGUAAACAAGGAGCGCUUCCGAAUGAUUUACCUGCAAACCCUCCUGGCCAAAGAGAGGAAGAGCUACGACAAACAGCGGUGGGGGUUUAGGAAGACGCCGCUGAACGAGGGGGUCGACCCCGCGGCCACUCAGGGUGCAGAGUCACCGUCUCAGCAGCCCCACAUGCAGGAGACUGGUGGAGUCGGGGGUGCUGGAGGAUACGCUGUAGUGGAUCGGAGUCGUUUUCAGCCUCUCGGAGAUGGUACGGGCAGGACCAAACCUAGGCCCCCGCCAGCCAGGAAGUCGGCUUCCCACGGAGACGGCUUGGAGACGGCAUUCGACUCACCCCAGCAAGCCGAGUCCACGUCCUGCGACAACCUCGAUGGCCUCUCCCCGUCGAAGCAGAGGGGCGGCAUGGCCCUGUCCCCGCGCAGGCCCACUCUUCCUCCCCCGGACAAGGAGCUGCCUUCUGACCCCAAAGACAAGCUGGGGAUGGGACUCGGCGUGGCGGCUCUCAGGUCCAACUUUGAGCGGAUCAAACGGGCCAACUCCCACUCGGCUGGGGAUGUAAGUAAGGGUCAGGAAAAACAGCUGCCGCCGCCUCCGCCGCCGUUCUACACCAACAUGGAAUUCCAUCACGAGAGGGGUCUGGUCCGGGUCAACGACCGGGACGUGUCGGAUAAAAUCAGCUCCCUGGGUACUCAGGCCAUGCAGAUAGAGCGAAAGAGGUCUCUCCACUCCCUCCCAGGCAAUCUGGCAACGGUAGCAGGUGAGCUCCGUGCCAGGCCGGUGUACAGAGGACGGUCUACAGAGAGCACGUGUGGCUACGACGCAGAAUAUGAAGACGGAGAGCCCAACCAGCGGCAUUCAGGGAGGGCCAACGGGGGCAAACCCCCACCUCCUCCUUGGCAGCCGUCUGAGUUCCAAGCCUACUCCAGCGUCUAUGUCGGUGGGGUAAUGAUGGGUGAAGGUGGCAGCGGAGAUGGACGUGGGGGCGGCGGCGGUGGUGUCACAAUGAGAGACCACGGCGGAGCCGACGAUCACCUCCUGACCUGGCCGCGCCGCUCCUACUCCCCGGGAAGCUUCGAGGACGCCGGGGGAGGUGGCGGCUACACGCCGGACUGCAGCUCCAACGAGAACCUGACGUCCAGCGAGGAGGACUUCUCCUCGGGCCAGUCCAGCCACGUCUCGCCGAGCCCCACCACAGCCUUCCGUCGGCCCUUCAGAGAGAAGAGCCGCUCGCCCUCCCAGAAUUCCCAGAACUCCCAGCACUCCUACGACAGCAGCAGCCCUCCUACGCCGCAGUCUCAGAAGCGUCACCACAGGCAGCAGGGAGGCCAUGUGGUCAUGUCUGAGGCAACCAUUGUGAGCGUUCGCAAGACGGGUCAAAUCUGGCCGCCCGCUGCCCACCAUGACCUCAUGUCCCACGGUCGAACGUCCCAUGACAACAGUUUUCAUGGAGACCACCUAGAUGGUCAUUUCACCGGAACUCCUCCAACAUAUGGUUACGAUGCAGACCGAGCAGAAGAGCAGCGGCGGCACCAUGACAUCCUGCCGUACAUCGACGACUCGCCGUCAUCCUCGCCGCAUCUCAGCUCCAAGAGCCGCAGCAGCCGGGACACGCUCUCCUCAGGAUCGCUGGAGUCCUCCAAGUCGACGGAGUGUGACCUUGAAAAGGGUUUGGAGAUGAGGAAGUGGGUCCUGUCCGGGAUCUUGGCCACAGAAGAAGCAUACCUCAGCCACCUAGAGGCACUGCUCCUGCCAAUGAAACCAUUAAAGGCUGCUGCCACAACGUCGCAGCCCGUUCUCACAGUGGCCCAGAUAGAAACCAUCUUCUUCAAAGUGCCUGAGCUCUACGAGAUCCACAAGGAGUUCUACGAUGGACUUUUGCCCCGCGUCCAGCAGUGGAGCCACCACCAGAGAGUUGGGGACCUCUUCCAGAAACUAGCCAGCCAGCUGGGAGUGUAUCGGGCAUUCUUGGACAACUAUGAGCUUGCUGUAGAGACAGCGGAAAAGUGCUGCCAGGCCAACUCACAGUUUGCUGAAAUCUCUGAGAACCUGAAGGUGAGGAGCCCUAAAGACUGUAAGGAUACAGCCAAGAACUCACUGGAGGCUUUGCUGUAUAAACCAGUGGACCGAGUGACGCGCAGCACAUUGGUGUUACAUGACUUGCUCAAACACACACCCACCAGCCACCCGGACCACCCGCUCCUGCAGGACGCCCUGCGGAUCUCCCAGAACUUUCUGUCCAGCAUCAACGAGGAGACGACGCCGAGGCGCCAGUCUCUAGCUGGGAAGAAGGGAGAGAACCGGCAGCUGCUGAAGGACAGUUUCAUGGUGGAGCUGGUGGAGGGAACCAGGAAGCUGCGGCACGUCUUCCUCUUUACUGACCUGCUGCUCUGCGCCAAGCUGAAGAAACAGAUUGGAGGUAAAAACCAGCAGUACGACUGCAAGUGGUACAUCCCCCUGACGGAGCUGACCUUCCAAGGCCCAGAAGAGACGGAGCCCCUCACCAUUCCCCAAGUCCCAGAUGAAGAACUGGACGCCGUCAAGGUCAAGAUCUCACACCUCCGCAGUGAGAUUCAGAGGGAGAAGAGAGCCAACAAGGGUUCCAAAGUCAUCGACCGACUUCGGAAGAAACUGUCUGAACAGGAGUCUUUGCUGCUGCUAACGUCUCCCAGCAUGCCCCUCAGAUUAUUCAACAAGAACGGAAAGAGCUACAGCUUCCUGAUUUCCUCUGACUACGAACGUUCAGAGUGGAGGGAGAUAAUCAGGGAGCAGCAGCAGAAAUGUGUUAAAACGCCCUCCCUGACGUCCAUGGAGCUGCAAAUUUUGACCAGCUCCUGUCUCAAACUCCAAACCGUCCACAACAUUCCACUUAGUCUGAAUAAAGAAGAGGACGACUCCUCCGGUCUCUACGGGUUUCUGAAUGUAAUCGUCCACUCUGCCUCUGGCCUCAAACAGAGUUUAAAUCUCUAUUGCACAUUGGAGGUGGACUCAUUCGGCUUCUUUCUAAAUAAAGCAAAGACGAGAGUCUACCGGUACACCACCGAACCCAAAUGGAACGAGGAGUUUGAGAUCGAGCUGGAGGGCUCUCAGACCCUGAGGUUGCUCUGCUACGAGAAGAGCUACAACAGGACCAAGCUGAACAAAGAAGACGGAGACGGCACAGACCGCAUCAUUGGGAAAGGACAGAUCCUGCUCGACCCUCAGACUCUUCAGGGCAAAGACUGGCAGAGAACAGUUAUUCCUAUGAACGGGAUUGAAGUUAAGCUGUCUAUGAAGUUCACCAGCAGAGAGUUCAGCCUGAAGAGGAUGCCCUCGGAGAAACCCAUGGGCGUGUUUGGCGUUAAAAUCUCCACAGUAACCAAACGGGAACGCUCCAAGGUGCCCUACAUUGUCCGUCAGUGCCUAGAAGAGAUAGAGAGGAGAGGCAUGGAGGAGGUGGGAAUAUACCGCGUAUCAGGCGUGGCCACAGAUAUUCAGGCCCUGAAGACCGCCUUCGACACCAAUAACAAAGAUGUGUCGGUGAUGAUGAGCGAGAUGGACGUAAAUGCCAUCGCUGGAACCCUGAAGCUGUAUUUCAGAGAGCUGCCCGAGCCUCUCUUCACUGAUGAGCUCUACCCUAAUUUCGCAGGCGGCAUCACCCUCACUGAUAGUGUUGCCAAAGAGAGCUGUAUGCUGAACCUGCUGCUGUCACUGCCAGAACCCAACCUGGUCACGUUCCUUUUCCUUUUGGAUCACCUCAAGAGGGUGGCAGAUAAGGAAAGUGUCAACAAGAUGUCUCUGCACAAUCUAGCGACCGUGUUUGGCCCUACUCUGCUCAGGCCGGCGGAGAAGGACAGCAAGAUCCCCGCCAACCCCACUCAGCCCAUCAGCAUGGGGGACAGCUGGUCUCUGGAAGUUAUGGCACAAGUCCAGGUUUUGCUGUAUUUCCUGCAGCUGGAAACCAUCCCCACCCCGGACAGUAAACGACAGAGCAUCCUCUUCUCCACCGAAGUGUAGAGCGUACACUGACUUGCUCUGCUCCGUACUCUGAACAGGCAGAGGUGUAUAAAAAAAAAGAAAAAAAAAAAAAAAGGGGGAUGAACACUGGCUCAAAGUGAGCCCAUUGUAGUGUGUUUUUAAAUUGACUCGGAAGGAUUGUCUCUACGGUACACAAGAGGGCGCCACUAAGCUCAAAUGCUCAGAGGACUUAUACCCAUCAUUCCCCAGUAGUUAGUAUGAUUCUUCGUACCUGUAGUCAUUCACCAAGCGAUCUACUUUUGUCACACUUUUCUUUUUUUUUUUUUCUUGUCUCAUGAAUGAAGACGUGCUAAAAUGAAGUAUGUCUUUCUGGACUUUCAUGCACCCUUUACAUUGUACUCAAGUUUGCAUUUAUUUUCGACAAUCAUUAGGUCUUGCAAAACACAUUCUUCUACCCAACAUGUUUUCCCACAUCCAGUCUACAACCAUGUUCUACAUAUUUUCUGUGCAUUAUUUCAGGACAGAUUUAUUUUUUUGGCCUUUUUAUCACUUUUUUUUUUUUUUUUUAAAGGCAGAGGAAGUCAGCACCUGAUCGCGCUUACAACAUAUAUAGUCCCAGCUGGAGUUGAAAGCUAUGACUUGAAAAUGUCUUAUUUUUAAAAGGUAUUUAGUUACCCAAUGUUUUUCUUGUUUUUUUUUUUUGUAGCUGAAAAAAAAAACAAAUUUAUUUGGCUCAUUUGUUUCUUGAGGUGGUUUGAAUCCAGAUUAAAUGCACAGGACGCAAUAUAUUUUCUAAUGUAGGAAUUGUCGAAAUGUUUGUUUUGUUGUAACAUAGCACAUCUUGCCAAACGGUUUUGGUUGUUUUUAGGGGAGACAAUGUGGCAUGUAGAUGUUUGUAAUCUUAAAGUUGUACUUUUGUUUUCAACUUGUCACUAUAAUUUAUUUCUGGGUGGCCUGGGGCGGGGGGGAAAUAGUCUCUUUUUUUUAAUGAAAGUGGUAGGUUUUAGCAGUGACUUCAAAACCUUGCUGUAAAGGAGCAGGAUUUAAGCCUUGUUUCUAACAAUACUCGCCAGUGAACUCUCCAUUUAAAUAUCAUUGUUGUUAUUAUGAAGGUAAUGCAAGCAUCGUAGUCCAAUCCUUCAUGCUGCUGUAGAAAAGGCACAAGCGUCUUCAACCGCAGGGUGUCCCCUCGGCAGACUCGUCUCGCCUCUGGAGAUGUCUGUCCCCCAUCUAGCGUAUGCAACAGUCAGAAUUCAGAAAACUCAUGCGAAUCAUGUUGGACAUUGUGUCUUUUUGUACCAUUUUAAUCUGUGGCGACAGAAGUGCACUCAUUCAAUAUUAAAACUACUGUAUAAGAAUUUAAGUGGCCUGAAAAUUCUGUGUUUAUGUCCAGUGAAGAGCACAUCUGUUUUUUUAAUACUACUCCUUUUAGCCUUCUUGUUGAUUUCUGCCAAAAAAAAAAAUUCCCAAUUGCUGGCAAAGCUUUUGACAUUCUUUAUUACAGAUUUAACAUGCAGGCAUGUUUUAUUGUUGUUGUUUUUUUUUGUUUUUUUUUAUUUCAGUUCUUGUUAUGGACGACUUUGUUUUCAGACUUGAUCUGGGAUGUUGUCAGUUGUUGUUUUUCUACUAAAACAUAUCUUUGUCUAGCCAAAGGAAAUAUAAAACAUAGGAUCAGAUUUCUGUAAAUGUCAGUCAGCCACAAUAUUUAAACCAUAAACUAAUUACUGCCCCUAUUUUAGGCUAAUAUUAGACAUUGGGAAAAUGUUUGCCAUUAAUGGCUUUUUCCUAAGGCUUUAAUAGACCUGUGCUGGGCCAUAAUGGCCUCCUAAGGGAAGUCAUUUGUAUGUGCUGUGAGUGACAUGGUUCUAGCAGUGCCGAAGUUUUACGGGGUCUGGAAAAGCAUUGCAAAAAGAAAACAGGAAUCUGAAAAUGCAUCUGUGUUUCCACACUCUUCUUUCGAUACAAUCUUCUCAAAAGAAAAGUGUUAUUUUUAAUUCUGGAAAAAGCUAAAAUAACUGGUUUUAUCUGUUAAAUUUCCACAAAUAAUAUAGAUAGUAUUAAGUCCCAUUGGUGUAAUCUUUUUGGUGAUCAGUCUCCUGGUUUCUAAAAUGCUAAAAACCAUGCAAGGGCUGGUGACUGGUAUCCAGUUUUUAAAGUUGCAAAUUCAAAGCUGCUAGAAAAAAAUUGUAGGCUGUGUUGUACCCUUAAUGAAAAUACCAGAUAAAUAGCUGCAGUUUCAAGAGUUUUAUUCAACUGUAUGAAGCCUUUAGCAUUGCAGCACUACACCUCUAUUUGUCUCCUUUUCACUUCAGCUUGCUGAAAGGAGCUUACUACACCUCACUCUUGCUUGGAAGAGUGAAGUAUUCUUGCCCAUCAUUGUUUUUAGAGUAAUGCAGUUUUAAAAGUACAGUUCGCCAAGCUGUACAAAAUUUUUUAAAUCUUUCAAAACAAAAGUAUGUUGUAGAUAACAUAUUAGCAUGAGUGUACUAAUUGAAAAUGUUACACUAUUUUAACAGCAGUUGGACCACUUGUUUCCUUUGUGUUUUGAAUAAAAUAAAUAAGAUCAGACUACAGAUUUUGGUUUUACGUUUUUUGUAUGAAAACCAGGAUACUGUAUAAUUGUAGUAUGUUUUACUCAAGGUUAUCAUACCAGCUCCUCCCUGCUGAGAUCCCACAAAAACAAGCAUUUUACAAAUGCAGUAGCUUGGGCAAUAUUGCCUCAGGUUUGUUACGGCAGCACUCAAAUAAAGCACAAAUUAGCUUAAAACGGGACAAAAAGAAAUGUGAGAAAAUGUCAUUUUACAAUGGGAAAGCUUGAAGAGCCCUGCAAUUAAUUAUUAAGAUUGAAAUCUAAAAGUCCACCCAAAUUUGUCACAGAGCUCCAUAAUCUCCCAUCAGAAUCUAUUUCAGGAAAAAGAUAUACGAUUUGUAAAUCUAAGGUGUAGUUUUCAUGUUGUGGUUGACUGAUGUUAAGGACACUUGAUGCUAAAAGAGUUUAAUUAAAGGGUUUGUUUCAUCCAUGAUAAUCCAUAGCUACAGUAUAUGAGCAACUACAUGAAAUGAAAGCAAGAAAUCGACUCAUUUGAAUACGUAAAACCACUGUUGUUUUGCUUAUUUUUUUUCUGUCUGUUUUUCUUGCAGUUUUAUUUUAGUUUUUGUUUCUAAGUUUCACUCUCUGUAGCAUGCUCUUUGGAUCAUUUAGGACGUGAUCAGUCAGUCAUGUUUCUCCUUCAUACAGAGUCCCAGCUGCCUGUACCUAUCCAACCUUUUUGUGCCUCAACUCUUGCUUUUGUUUACCACCAAAAUUUACUUUAACUCUACAACCUAAGCUAAAACGCUGGUUGUAAAAAAAAAAGUUUCAUCCUCCUGUUGCCUUUGCUGAGGACAGCCCACAUCUUUCAUCUUCUACUUAUAGGCUAAGACAGGACCUUAAAAUACAAGCACGGUCUUAGCUCAUUCGUUACAUGAGCAUCCCUUCAUCCAACCACUGAUGCUAUCAGAGAAUGAAACUCUGUGCUAAAGUUGGUCUCCUAAGGGUGACAGUUUUAUCUCUUAUAAUGCCUUCUGUGCUUAUUUAUUUAUGAUUCCUUCUAGUUUGAUAUAAGAUGGUCUGCUUGAGCCAUUGAUUUAUGGUAAAAUGUCAAAUUAAUGUUAGAGAAAUGUCUUAAAAUACUGUGGGUUCUCCAUGAAAUCAAUCUGCAUCUUCUGCUGCGUUUAAAGCAUUUUGUUUGUUUUUUCUCGCUGCAACAACCGCUAAGUAGCCCCGUAGACACCAUUUCUGACAAAAGUAGUCAAACCCCUUAAAUAUUUUAAUUUUACCAUGUCUUAAUCACAAAAUUAAACGUAUUUUAUUGCGAUUUGAUGUGGUUCGCCAACACAAAGUAGUGCAUAUUUAUGAAGAAGGAGGAUGAGGAAUCGUGGUUUUCAAAAAACUUUAAUAAAAUGUACAAAUGGAAUUCUGAAAAAAGUGAUGUGCAUUUGUAUUUACAGUAUUUACAGGACGAAAUGUUUAUAUGGUAUGUCUACCAGAGCUGUACAUCAAGAGACUAAAAUCAUUGUGCAUUGUUAGUGGAAUAGCUUAAGCUCAGACAGCAACUCCAGUCCUCGAGUGCAAAUGUCACUAACCAUUCAUUUUAUUCAGGUUUGUUGGAGCAGGGAUGCAUCCAGAAGUUGCAGGACAGUGGCACUUGAGGAAUGGAGUUGCAGACCAAGCGCAAUUUCCAAGUCUUGCCACAGAUUCACAAUUGGAUUUAGGUUUAGACUUUGACUGGGACAGUCUAGCACAUGGAUGUUGAUUUAAGCUGUUCCAUUGUGCUGUAUUUAGAGUUGUUGUUCUGAUCGAGCCCCCACCCCAUUCUCAAGUAUUUAACAGCGUCUCACAUGUUUUUCCAGUAUUUCCCUUUUACCAAGUCCCUGGUCCCUGCUAAAAAAAAAAGUAUGACAUGAUAAAAAUUCUUGGUCUCAUCUGAGAACAACACAUUCUUCCACUUGUUUGCAGUGUUUGAAGAACAGCCAUGUCUUGGUUGGUUUCAAGCUGUGCUCUUGCGAUUUUGAUGAUAAAUUUAAGAUUAUUGGAUUAUAGGAGUCUAAGCACAAAUACACGCUUUCCACAGAUUUUUAUACAUAAAUAAAUAAAAACCAUGUAUCAUUUUCCUUCUGUUUGACAAGUAAGCGUUUCUCUGUGUUGGUCUGUCACAUAGAAUCCCAGUAACAUACAUUUAGGUAUGUCGUUGUGAAAAGGGUACAAAUAUUUUUCCAAGGUAUUGCAUAUUUUAAUAACUCUCGGUUCCCGUACUGUCAGCUAAGUGUAUUUAUUUGUUUUAAACAGCAGACUGGACACUGUGAUUGUUUAGCUAUCAGAUGUGGACAACCGAAUAGAAAGUGCAGGUUUGGGUAACUCAGACUCCUCCUUUUUUCAUGGACAGUAUAAUAUGCAUUAUACUGGAGAACACAUAAUUUAGUUUCCCUUUUAUUUAUUCCUCUGUUCACAGGAUCAUUAAGGAUCAAGUUGCUACACCUUAAACCUCUUUGCAUAUCCAACCUGUCAGUUUGUGGUAGAGUCUUAUAAUACUCUAAAUCUGUAUUGUUUUGGUCCGUUUGUCACUGUAACUGCAUGUUUUCACCACAGUCUAAGUCCCAGUCAGAAAUGUCAAGUUUGUCUGUGGGCUUACCUGAAGUUGGUGCAUAUUGCUUAAAUUGUGCAUUAUUGGUACAUGACCCUGGUAUUUAUUGCCAUAUUAUAGGUGAUUUACACGACCUUCUGCUGCCACUUUUCAGAAGUCAUGCCACCAACAAAUUUGCCUACUUUAAGCAAUGUUCUAGAUUUUUUUUUUUUUUUAAUUGAGGACAUAAUGUUAAACUCUAGGAUGAGACUUGUUGACCAAUUAUGUCACUUUCUACUUUUGAGUCUUUUUUUUCCUGUUAACUAUUCAUUGUUCUGCUUGUAGAACUGUAAAAAAAACUGUAUUCUGAGGGUAAAAACAUGUUUGAGAGGCAUUUGCAGCCUAUGUUUGUACACAAAAAUAGUAAAUAAAAUCUCCUGUAUCUAA